GAAUUGUCGUUAAGAAAAUUUUCACAAAUCCUAUUGCAAUAGAAAUGUUUGCUAUAAAUAAUUUUAUCAAACUUGUAAUCUGUUAUAUUUUAUUAGACUACACUAUUGGUGAACCGCAAAUUAACGGAAUCAAUAAGUGCCAUAAAAAUGAUCCAGAGUUAGAUCAAUGUUUGCUAAAUAUUUUAAAACAAUUAAAAACGCAGAUUAUUCAAGGCAAUCCAGCUAAACAUUUACCAUCUCUUGAUCCUUUACAGAUUAAUCAAAUAGAAAUUCAUAGAGUUAUUCAAGAUAUUAUAAUAAAAGGAAAUUUAUCAAAUUUAGAUGCUAGGGGAAUUAGUUCUAUAAUAGUGAAAUUACUCAAGCUCAACUUAAAAGAAAAAACUUUAGAAGCUAUUGUAAAUAUUCCACUUAUAAAUUUUACCACCAACUUCAAAUUAAAUACAAUACAAAAUGCUUUAAAUGUGCAUACCUUAGAAACGGGGCGCUGUGAAGGAAUUUUGUAUAAUGCUACAGUUUUCUUGCACGGAAAUACUGAAAUUACCAAAGAUAAAGUACAAUUGAUUCAUAUCAAUAUAGAUUUAAAAUUUGGAGACAUUGACCUUCGUAUGCUUGAACCAUUAAUAUCAUCAUCACUUGCCUCAAAUGUUUUAAAUUCAAACAAGCGAUUAGUUUUAAACUUGGUAACUCCAAUCGCCGAAGAUGUCUUAAAAGAGCAGUUGUUACUACACGGAAACCAUAUUUUAUCGAAUAUAAAAUUUUUUGAUGUAAUCAAUAGUUGAUGUUGUUAGACUAAUUAUGUGCAACUUUAAGAAAUAAGUUUUAGAGAUUUUAACUCAAGCGUUUUAGUAAAGAAAAUCAUUACAUGCCUAUAAUUAAGGAUUAUUUUAAUAUAUUUUAAUUCCUUUUACAAUUUGAGUACAAACCUGAAA